CCCAAGGGGCAAAGGACACUAAUAUUAUUAUUGUGUUGUCCUGCCGGCUCUUAGCCUUUUCCUCUUCCUAAUUUCCACUACUCCGCAAUGCCGUGAACGUCGAGUCCUUCGCUACUACUAACUGACUAACUAUCUGUUCUAUUCCCAUCUAUCUUCUAUUUUAAUUUUGCCCCCUUCUCCCUUUUCGAUGGGACGGCCUUGCCUUUUCCUCUUCCGUAACCAUUAUGUCUAAACAGCGCCCGGCCACCUCGGGCUACGCCCGUCUUGCUCAGGCGGAGGAAGAGCGAGGCCAUGAUUUCGAUGAUGACUUCGAUGAAGAUGACCUUUACGACGUACCGGCACCAAUAUCCAGUUCUGCUCCACGAUAUGCUCCUGUUUCGUCCCGUGCCCAGAUGCACGCAUCGGGCCCCUCGUCGCCCCCCGAAUAUCGCCGCCAACACGCAGGCUACCACCAGCGUCGAGUACGCAGCAAUUCAGGAGUCGACAUCAAAGCGAUCAAUGCGCGCCUCGAAAGAUGGGCGGAGGAGAUUGCGUCCAAGUUCAAAAUCCACAAGGUUCGGGGCAAGACGUCGGAUGAGGAGAAGCUUGAGAUCCACCACUCCGUCUUCCAGGCACCGGAAGGGGUGAGACCCGUCACGGCAGAACAGCUGGAGUCGGAUGACUUCGAGCGUGAACAGCGGAGGGCUCGUCAGGAGUUCGAGACGGUUGUGGAGAGUGUCCGCAACGCCAUCGAACUGGGCGUGCAUCCGAAGAUGAUCUCUCAGGGCAGUUCAGGCAGUUAUUUUGCACGCAACAGCGAAGGCAAGGUCGUGGGCGUCUUCAAGCCCAAGGAUGAGGAGCCCUACGCAUCGCGCAAUCCAAAGUGGACCAAAUGGAUACAUCGGAACCUGUUUCCUUGCUUCUUUGGUCGCGCUUGUUUGAUUCCCAAUCUGUCCUACGUUUCAGAGGCGGCCGCAUACGUUCUCGACGCUCGUUUACGCACAAACCUCGUUCCUUACACCGAUAUUGUGUGGCUCUCCUCCAAAUCAUUCUACUAUGAUUUCUGGGACCGAAGAAAGGCCUGGAGAGGCAAGAAAUCGCUUCCUGCCAAAGUCGGGAGUUUCCAGGUCUUUUUGAAAGGUUUCAAAGAUGCAAACGUCUUCCUACGCGAACAUCCCUGGCCUGACCAGGUGAAUUCAGGCUUCCGCGCCGAGGAUGCGCCAAAGAGGAAGAAACGCCCGUGGAACGAGGCUUGUCGACCUUCUGGGAUACAGUCCGACGACGAAGACGACGAGGAGAGCGGGCCUUCAGCCGCUUCAUCUCCUCGCGAUGAGAUUCCUCAGCGAAAGUUCCACUGGACUGAGACUUUGAAGCAGGCUUUCCGAGAAGAGCUUGAGAAAUUGGUGAUCUUGGACUACAUCAUGCGAAACACUGAUCGAGGUCUGGAUAACUGGAUGAUCAAGGUCGACUGGAAAAAUGAAGAAGUCUCCAUCGUUGCAGAGCCUCCCAAGACCAAUGGCGCCACGAAUGACGAUGAGGACGAUGACCAGACGCCGCCCGCUCGACUCGUUCCCACCAACUCGGAGCUAACUCCCACAUCUCCUUAUCCCUAUCGACGACAGGAAGGUAUGCAAGCCAUAAGCAGGACAGGGACACCGUUGAGCACACGGGCCCAGCAAGCUACGGCUACGAUUAAGGUUGGGGCUAUUGACAACAGCCUGUCGUGGCCGUGGAAACACCCUGAUGCUUGGCGAAGUUUCCCCUUCGGUUGGCUGUUCCUUCCGGUUUCCCUUAUCGGUCAACCAUUCUCUCAGAAGACGAGAGAUCAUUUCCUCCCACUUCUUACAUCGACGGCGUGGUGGAGCGGCACACAGACGGCGCUGCGGCGCGUAUUUGCGCAGGACGAUGACUUCAAAGAGAGCAUGUUUGCGCGACAGAUUGCAGUGAUGAAGGGUCAAGCAUGGAAUGUGGUGGAGACACUCAAACAGCCUGACCAUGGACCUCUGGAGCUCACGCGGAGAACGAGAGUCUGUGUCUGGGACGACUUGGUGGAUGUCCCCGUGGCUAUCCCCCUUCGCGGCCCGUCGACAGAUAUGCAGAUGCGCAAAGCAAGAAAUUAUCAAGAUGAAGAAGAAGAAGAGAUGGACAUCAGUGCUGCGAUGUCACCCCCUCCAGGUUCGAAUCAGGAUCUGUUGGGUCUCGGGUCUCCGUCUAGCGAGCUCCCAAAUCCCAACCGAUUCGAACUCUCUCGCAACCGACAAUCCGGUGACCUCCGACGAAUCGACGAGGGUUAUAUGAGUCCUUCGAGCGAAGCCGGAUACGACAGUUUUGACCGUACGGUUGGUGAACGAAACCUGGCCCGGAGCUGGGGAGCGCCUACCAACGGCCAUGCCGAUCCAGGCCAUAAGCGACGAACCUCUCAUGGCCACGUGAAACAGGGCUCUUUUUCACAACGUAGCAGCAACGGCUACACGUUCAACGGAGAUGAUCUCGAGGGCGACCUCGGAUAUGCAGCCGCUGAAGGGAUGGAAGGUAACCAGCGCAAAGUGAUUGUUGAGCGUCUGGAAGCCGUGAAGAGCAAGAACCCGGUUUUCACCUGGUGCUAGACUCGGACUCUUUCAGAGCCUCCUCCCUAUCUUUUUUCCCAUUUUAUGUUUUAGCGAGUCAUUGGUGACAGGCAGUCCCUGCAGGGCAUGAAAAGCCUGGAGCAUGUGGAGUUUGCUGCUGGUUCUCUACUAUCAUCCUUUUGACUUUGAGUUUUACGAUACAAACCGGUUGGGAAAAAUGUUUCCUUCUUCACCUAGAUGUUGUAUAUAGAUGUCCGGUUACUUUUCAUAUCUAAUUGGGAGAAGGGCAUAUUCUGAACCAUGUAAUAUAUUAUGAGAACUAAUGCAUUGCGAACAUAUCCAUACUUUGACUUUCUUUUUUUGUAUCAGAUCGUGACUUACAAU